AGGCAGGCUCCGCCCCCAGCCCCGCCCCCAGGCUCAUAGGAGCAGAUAUGUGAUCUGUGUUUGAUUUCCUCCCAUCCGCAUCACAAGGCUCCUUCCUGGGGAACCCAAGCAGCAUCCCGCUCCCGGCGGCCUAUGAGUGCAGCAUAGGAAGAAGACAUGGCACCAUUGGCUGACAAUGCGAUGGGAUACACUCCACCGGACGGAGGCUGGGGUUGGAUGGUCGUCUUGGGGGCUUUCAUCUCCAUGGGAUUCUCCUACGCCUUUUCAAAAGCGAUCACCGUCUUCUUCAAAGAAAUCCAGGAGCAUUUCGGGGCCUCGUACAGUGAAAUUGCAUGGAUAUCCUCAAUAUUGCUGGCCGCCAUGUAUGCCGGGGGUCCGGUUAGCAGUAUCUUGGUGAAUCGCUAUGGCAGCAGGCCGGUGGUUAUAUUCGGAGGACUGUUAAGCGGAGUGGGUAUGAUCAUAGCAACGUUCAGUUCCAGUAUUCUGCAGCUGUACAUCUUCAUCGGUGUCAUUGCGGGUUUUGGGUUCUCUUUGAAUCUUCAGCCGUCUGUGAUAGUAGUUGGGAAGUAUUUCCUUAAAAAAAGACCGAUUGCUAAUGGCCUUGCCAUGGCUGGGAGUCCAGUCGUCCUUUCCACACUUGCACCGCUCAACCAGUUCCUGUUUGAUAAAUUCGGCUGGAGGGGCAGUUUCUUUAUACUGGGUGCGUUGUUGCUAAACUGCUGCGUAGCAGGGGCCCUUUUUCGACCCAUAGGACCAUCGACGACUGAUAAAAUACAGAAAAAGCCAGCGCAAGAUCUUGCUGAAAAAGGCACAAAUGAAACCUUACUGACUGCCAACAAGCUUCCGCCUUCCUACGGGACCAAAAUGGAGGAAACCAAGCAAGAAACCUGCUUGCAGAAAUUCAACAAAGUCUUGGACUUAACACUUUUUAAGCACAGAGGUUUCAUGAUUUACCUAGUCGGCAACGUGGUCAUGUUUUUUGCAUUUUACGCCCCGAUUGUAUUUCUGACUCCAUACGCCAAGCAUCUUGGGGUCGAUGAGUACUCGGCUGCAUUCCUCUUAUCAAUCCUUGCCAUUGUAGAUAUGUUUGCCCGGCCAGGCACCGGUUUAAUUGCCAACACUAAGUGGGUUCGGCCCAAGAUCCAAUAUUUCUUUAGCUUUUCCGUUACUUUUAAUGGGUUUUGCCAUCUCAUGUGCCCAUUUGCCACAGGCUAUGUCGGUUUGGUCGUCUACUCCGUAUUUUUUGGUUUGGCUUUUGGAAUGGUUUGCGCUUUACUCUUUGAGACACUAAUGGAUCUUGUCGGAGUCAAGAGAUUUUCAAGUGCCGUGGGACUCGUUACAAUUGUGGAGUGUGUUCCUCUUCUCCUAGGACCCCCGAUUGGAGGUGCCAUUGUCGAUGCCUUUGGAGACUACAAGUACAUGUAUUUUGAAUGUGGCGCUAUCAUGGUACUGGCGGGACUUUUUCUUUUCGUCAUGAACUACUAUAAUUACCGUAUGCUUGAGAAGGAAGAAAAGGAAAAACAAGCGAAAGAAAUGGAAAUGAAAGAAAGCUCCGGUUGUAAGAAGGAAGAGACACCGGGAAAUGAGGACAAAAUACAAAAUGGCAGCGACUCGAAGCCCGAUACGGAAAAGGCUUGGAAAGACGACUAACGUGGGUCGGAGAGAUCGCUUGAAAUGCACUUGAAGACAAAUCCCACCAAAAUCAUCAAAACCAUCUGCAUAAUGUUGGUUUACUGUGAAAAUAAACUAAAACAAACAACUUUUUAUAAGGGUAUUUCCAACCUGUGCCCCCUGGCACAACAUGUUUCAUCAUUAAUUUUAGUUUAAAGUGGUGUGAUAAUCAGUUUCAGCAGAGGGACAUGGCGAAAUAUCUAAAAUAAAGCUUGAUUAACUUUUCUACAUCUGUAUUUCAACAUCAUCCCAAGAGACAUAGACAUCCCAGUGAGAAAUGAUGCACUAUUUUAGCUAGUUUCUGGUGUUUCCUAGCAUUUUUAUUUUGUAGGAUGUAUUAUUUUUAAUUCAUUUUCAGUUUCCAAUCUAGUUGGACUGAAUGUCUUGAAGUUCCACCAGAUCACAAUCAUUCUGUCCAUAUCUCAUCCAUGUGUGUUUUGAAUCAACUGCAGAUCAAGAAGAAAGAGGGACCAGAGCAGCCUUCAUGUCGGUGCUAUUUGGUAAUCCAUAUGGAUUUCCAAAUUGGACAGUAUUCCACCAUUUGUCCAAUGCAUCGGUUGUUGAAGAACUGCCUGUUUUAGAGUUGGAUCAUUCCGUCCAAAUCUCAUCCAUGUAUGUUUGAAUCAUCUGCAGAUCAAGAAGAAAGACGGACCGGAACAACCUUGGUGUCUUUUCAGAACGGUGCAGUUUGGUAAUCCAUAUGGAUUUCCAAAUUGGACAGUUUGCCACCAUUCGUCCAAUGGAUCGAUUGUUGAAGAACUGCCUGUUUUAGAGUUGGAUCAUUCCGUCCAAAUCUCAUCCAUGUAUGUUUGAAUCAUCUGCAGAUCAAGAAGAAAGACGGACCGGAGCAGUCUUCAUGUCUUUUCCGAUCGGUGCUGUUUGGUAAUCCAUAUGGAUUUCCAAAUUGGACAGUUUGCCACCAUUCGUCCAAUGGAUCGAUUGUUGAAGAACUGCCUCUUUUAGGGUUGGAUCAUUCUAUCCAUAUCUCUUCCAUGUAUGUUUUGAAUCAUCUGCAGAUCGAGAAGAAACAUGAACCAGAGCAGCCUUGGUGUCUUUUCAGAUCGGUGCUGUUUGGUAAUCCCUAUGGAUUUCCAAAUUGGACAGUAUCCCACCAUUCGUCCAGUGGAUCGGUUGUUGAAGAACUGCCUCUUUUAGGGUUGGUCCUACUCUGCUGAUCAAUGUAAAACGCACUUCUUCUCUGUAACCUAAAUUGCUAGUCCAUCUUACAGCAGGAAUGGAAAACCUUUCCAGUCUAAAUAAGAUCACACCUUCAUGUAUAGACUUUUUUAUUUUUAUCACCACGUGCCAAAAUGAAUACCUUCUGCUAACAUCAGCAUUUUCUGUGCCAAAAGUAGAGCAGGGAAAUAACUAUUCCAACAAGCCAAGGGGAAGAUAAAGAACCUCGUUUUAUUCACAAAGGACGUAUUCAGGCACCGCAAGGCUAAAUGGUGCUUAGGAACUAAUGGAAUUCUUUGUAAAUGCGUUGUUUCCCUUAUUUGAAUAUUGUAAUUUGGUUUAUAAAAUAUUUUUUAAAUGGGCUUUGUAAUCAUUUUUAAUAGGGAAGCAGAAGUGUUUUUCUUACAUGGAAAUUGAAUGCGGUGGAUUAAAUGAGAUGGUGCUAGCAAA